AUGGAGGGCCCGAGCCGCUCCUCAGCUACGCUCAGAAGUGAGGCGGGGCCAACACGCGAAACCUUUUCUGGGGAUCAAGACCCAGGUUUCUCAGCCGAAAUUCCUGAUACGCAAUGGCAGUGGAUAGAAUUGCUUCUGGAGACACGCGAUACUCCGAUCAGUGAUGAAGACCGACGGCGCCUGGAACUAGAACUGACGGCCGACACUUGCAAGAACUAUAUCGAUAUUCUCGAAACAAAAUACGGGAAGAAGGGGGGUAAUAAGUUUAUAAAAGCAUUUGAGCCAGUCAUUGAAGGGCUCAAAGCAUACACAGAUGGCCUUAAUACUCUCACCAAGAAUUCAGCGGGUCUUUCGAUAACCUGGGGUGUAAUCCAACUGCUUUUAGAAUGCGCUAUGCAUUCUUACAAGAUUCUGGGGCAUAUUACAAAGCUCCUUGAGAGCUACACGUACAGCUUGAAGCUGUACAUGGAAUAUGCCAAGGAUUUCAUAGGACAUCCUCGGCUCGAUGAGGCACUCAUCAUUAAUUUUUUCCGUGGUCUCUUUUGGGGUGGAAAAGAUUCUCGCGACAUGGAAAAAGUCAUGGAAGAUCUGAAGCAAUGCUUCAAAAUUGUUAAGAAAGAGGUUAGCUACGCAAAACAUCAGAGAGACCAUGCAAUGCAUCGCGACAUUCAGGCAAUGGCGGCCAUCCAAGGGCCGUCGAAAUGGUACAUGAUGCAAGAGCAUAAGGGCUGGCCUGAAGCUAAGAUGCUACCAACGGAUCGACGACUCGAGUACCACUCCAGAGGUGGUGAGGUCAAGCAAGUGGAACAUCAUUUGAACGCCGAAAAAGCGAUGUCAGAUUGUGACGUCCGAGUCUGCAUCAUACAUGGGAUGCCAGGGGUAGGGAAGACACAGCUCGCCCUCCAUAUCGCCUGCCGAUGGGAGGGGCCAGUAUUUUGGCUCAAUGCAGAAACACGGGUCAAUUUAAAAGAGUCACUUGGCGAGAUUGCGACGAUAUUGAGGCUAGAUGUCGAGCCUGGGAUGCAUGGCCAGGAACCUAGUAAUUUGGCUAAGCAGUGGCUGGCCACUCACAAUGGAUGGCUACUUGUAUACGACAAUGCAGAUAACUUUGAAGCCAUGGCAGACCUGUAUUGGCCAACUCUGGCACCUCUAUUCAUAUGGUCUAUAGACCAUAGGCAAGAUCCUAAGAAUCUCCAAUCUUGGCCAUACGAGAGGUUACCGCGCGAAGUUCUAGAUGUAGUGUCAUAUUCUGGGGGGGGGCAUUGUAUCGUCUCAAGCAGACUCGGUGUCUAUGGGUGA